UCCGUCAUCUAGGCGGCCCAUAUUAAUCUCUCUCGCAAAAACUGGCCCUAAAUCAGUAUAGCUCUCGCCAGACGUAAAAUCGUUUACAGUCUCGCAACUUGGUUGCAAUGGAUGCCAGCCCGUGCCCCCUGGACACCAAAUACGCCAACCAGAUCGCUGCUCUUCUUGCACCUCCGUCGCCACAAGCAAUCCAGGAAUAUUACGAAGGGCUCAUACAAAAAGAAAAAUGCCAUGCCGUCAGAAUAGAAAUCAACACGGAGCACGGGAAAGGUGUCUUUUCGAACAGGAAAUUUGAGGAAGAGGAGCUCAUAUUUAAGGAUCAAAUUCUUGUGGCUGCUCAGCAUAGUUCUAACAAGGUUGAUUGUUUUGUAUGUAGCUCCUGUUUUCGGUUCAUUGGUUCAGUGGAACUUCAAAUUGGUCGAAAACUCUAUUUGCAAAGUUUGGGCUUGUUGGUUAAAAAGGAAUGUUGUCACCAGACAUUUUCUAACGAAAAAACAGCAUCAAGUUCAUCGGAAUCUCAGAAUGAAGAUGAUUUGCUCUUUCAGGAAAAUAGCGAUAACGCCGGGCAAAGUUCUUAUGGAGAAAAUUCUCCCUCGAAGGAGGUUUUGGAGUCACUAAUGAAUGAAAAACUAUCUUUACCUUUCUCAAAACAAUUUUCUUUACCUUCUAUUGUUCCAUGUCCUGGUGGUUGUGAAGAAGAGUAUUAUUGCAGCAAAGUAUGUGCUGACUCUAACUGGGAAUCCAUGCAUUCUUUACUAUGCACUGGGAAGAGCUCCUGUUCCUUGAGGCAGGCUGCAAUUGUUAAAUUUACUGAACAUGCAAACAGCACAAAUGAUAUUUUCAUACUAGCUGCAAAGGUGAUCUCAUUUACAAUUUUGCGUUAUAGGAGACUGAAACAGUCACUUUUUGAAAAUAGUAAGAGGCCCAGCUCACACAAUUCAACUAAUGAUUGUAAUUUAUCUUUGCUAUUGGAGGCUUGGAAGCCAAUUGCAAUGGGAUUUAAAAGAAGGUGGUGGGACUCUAUUGCUUUACCAGAGGAUAUGGAUAGUUGUGUUGAAGCAUUAUUUAGGGAGGAAAUGAGAGAUAUGGCAUUUUCAUCUCUUCAACUUCUCAAGGAAGCCAUAUUCGACAUUGAGUGUGCACCUUUGUUUUCACUUGAAAUAUAUGGCCAUAUUAUUGACAUGUUUGAGCUCAAUAAUCUUGAUCUUGUCGUAGCAUCACCAGUAGAGAACUACUUCUUAUACAUUGAUGAACUUCCAUCUCCAGAAAAGGAAGAAGCUGAGAAGUUGACUCGUCCUUUUCUGGAUGCACUUGGUGAUGAUUAUUCAGUUUGCUGUCAAGGCACUGCAUUCUACCCUAUACAGAGUUGCAUUAAUCAUUCAUGUUGUCCAAAUGCUAAAGCAUUCAAGCGAGAGGAGGACAUAGAUGGACAUACUGUAAUAAUUGCAGUCAACCCAAUCUCAAUAGGGGAGGAGAUUACUAUUUCGUAUAUUGAUGAGGACCUUCCAUAUGAGGAGAGACAAGCUCUACUGGCUGAUUAUGGCUUCAAAUGCAGCUGCCGUAAGUGCAGAAAGGAGCAAUCAUCUCGAUAGCAGUACAACAAUAACCUCACUUUUUUAGCUGUUUUAUUUAUAAUUUUUGCCACUGCCUGCUAUUCAUUUAUGCCCACGUAUUUUUAGGUAACUUCAACUUCUAUAGUUUUUCAACUCUCUAUGUUUUUUUUUUUUAUUAUUAUAUAAAUUCCAGAGAGUAUGAUGAACUCUUUUGUCAUACUCAUUAUAUAUACAUAUGGGAAUAAAACAGACUUUGUCAUUGAGGGCUUUGAUCCCCAACUGUAAAAGCAGCUUCUAAGCUCAAUAUAAUUAUCCGGAAGAAUUUGUUGUUUGGCA